GUGAUAAACAUAUCGGCCACUCGAUGCGAUAUGACAUAAACACUAGGUACGUUUACGUAACGUGAGAGACGAGCAGCGGGCUUAUUGCCAUUUGCAAACGACGUCGCCCACGUCACUAGCCGGGUCGACUGUUCGUGAGUCUGCCACCCGCCUCCCACUUGCCUCGCGUUGCACCGAGCUACCGCUCGCUAGUGCCGCAGUGAUUAAGAGAUCGCGUAAACAAACUGCGCGAAAAUAAAACGUUUAAAUAAACUCUGCUUUUAUGAAUAAAGUAUGGCCGAGAAGCAAUAUAUAUUGGGAAUGGACAUCGGCACGACUUCCGUGAAAGUCUGCGUAUACGAUCCCGAGACCAAGGAAUUAGUGGCUAAACAGAAUAAGGACACCGCGGCAAACAUUCCCAGCGACCAGGGUAUCGAAGGAAACAAGCAGGAUGUUCCGAAAAUAGUGUCUGCUGUUCAUUACUGUGUCUCGAGAUUGCCUAGAGAUGUUUUGCGGCAUGUUAAGAAAAUCGGUGUUUGCGGUCAAAUGCACGGAGUCGUGUUGUGGAAGGAUAGAGCUUGGGAAAAGGUAGAAAAGGAAGGCGUCGUAAUUCGAUUUGAGGCUACCAGGGAGAAGAUGUCAGCAUUAUACACAUGGCAGGACACAAGAUGUAAACCAGAAUUCUUGGAUACUUUACCAACACCUGAUUCACAUCUUCAAUGCUUUUCUGGAUAUGGUUGCGCUACCUUGCUGUGGAUGCUCAAACACAAGCCAGAGAAACUAAAAAGUUUCACAUAUUCAGCUACAGUUCAAGAUUUUGUUGUAGCAAUGUUAUGUGAUUUAGAAUGUCCAAUUACAUCAGAUCAAAAUGCAGCCAGUUGGGGUUACUUUAACACAGAAAAAAACGAAUGGAAUACAGAUAUAUUAAAUUCGAUUGGCUUCCCAAUUAAUCUCUUGCCUAAAGUAUUGAAGAGUGCAGAAAUUGCAGGAGUAUUGAGCAGUUCUUGGAAUGGAAUCCCUGAAGGAACACCAGUAGGUGUAGCAAUGGGUGACCUUCAAUGUUCUAUUAUUGCAACACUUGAAAACAAGCAGGAUGCUGUGUUGAAUGUGUCCACCUCAGCCCAGCUUGCGAUUGUAGCUGAUAGGAUAAGUGAUUUAGGAUGUGAGACAAUUGAGCACUUGCCAUACUUUGAUAAUUCUUAUUUGGUUGUUGCUGCAUCUUUGAACGGAGGGAAUGUACUUGCUACAUUUGUGAAAAUGCUUCAGCAAUGGAUGCUGGAGUUUGGAUUCCCAAUACCUCAAUCAAAGGUGUGGGAAAAGCUCAUUGCUCUUGGACUUGAGGCUCCAGAAGGAACAAACAUGAAAAUAAGCCCUUUACUUUUGGGUGAAAGGCAUGCCCCAAUUGCUAAAGCUUCAGUGGAGAAUAUAGAUCUUUCCAAUAUACAAUUAGGGCAUGUCUUCAGAUCUCUAUGUGACAGUCUUAUUGAAAAUUUACAUUGCAUGAUGCCCAAAGAAAUUUUGAGGAAAGCUAAUAUUAAGAGAAUUGUUGGGAAUGGCUCUGGUUUAUCUAGAAAUGCUGUGUUGCAAAGGGCUGUAGAGAACUACUACAGUUUGCCUUUGGAAUUUACCUCAGGUGGGGAUGCAGCUAAAGGUGCAGCUAUAGCUAUUAUAACAGCAACUUAAAUACUGUUAAAUAAUUUAAAAAUGUAAUUAAUUAUUGCUGAAAAAAAUUUUUAUAUUGUGGGUACAGUAUGUAAAAUUUAAAUAAAGUACAAAUAUGUAAAGUUAUAUAAGUUCAUUGGCUUAUUUAUAAAUAUUACAGGCACACAAGUGUAUUGGCAAGCUAAGUGAGAUAGUGCAAACUGUAUAUCCUGUACAAUUCCAACAAACUGCUAACCAUACUAUUGGUUUGGUAGCAAAUUACUAAAAACUGCUAUUGUUGUUUUCUUGUCUACAUACACAAAUUUUACAAUAAUGCAAUAUUUAAUUUAUAUCACAAACAAUACAAUACCUUUAAUAAGGAAUA